AAAAGCUUUAUAUGAACGACAAAAGCAAAGCACCAAACUCGAAAAAUAUCCUCGAUAAGACCAUUCUAAAGUUAGGCGCCAUGCUUUAGAAUAUUCACACCGCAGUCGUUUCAGGCCUACUUUUCAUGGCCGUAUGCUCGUAUUUGACGGGCAGAUUUAACGGUCAAAUCUGGGGGAUCCUACUAAUAAAUUUCAUUUUUUAUUGAAUAUAGAAUGGUAUUUUGAAUUUGAGACAUACACGCAGCUGUUGAUAAAAUUGAUGCCCAGGCCAGCAGUGCUUGGAAAAGAUGAAUCAACGAAGCGGGGGCUAAAUUGGAGAGAGGGCGUAGAAUAGUAUAUUGUUACGAUUUAAUGCCAUUUUGAUCGCUAAUUAGUUGGUGGAUGGUUUUUCAAAAUGAAGAAGACCAAAUUUUGCUUGUCAAAUGGAAGCUCCUGGUUACCUUUCUGUACAGCGUAGUACGGAUUGUUUCAUGGAUCGGUUAGACAGACAAAAUUCGGAAACAACUCUUCUCAGGCGUUUGUUGAGGUUGUUGCCACGGUUUUGGCAGAUAAUGACUGACACGUUAGGCGGAGGGCCAGUUAAGAGUUCCAUACAGAUGGCAAGCGCACCGGAAUUACCCCAUACAAAUGGACAUGCGCCUCAAUUUGAAAUGGGUCGUAUGGCAUAUGACGAAAGUGGAUGUGAGGAAGAAAGGCUUAUGGAUAAUGUUGCCACCAAAGCUCAUAAGUCGAUCCCUACGACAGACCGGACACUGGAUGAUGUACACAAGUAUUGGAAUUUCAAACUACUAAGAUGUCAUCUAUGGAGAAGCAUAGUUGUGAUUUUCUUCCAGAAUAAAACCAAUUUGCUGUUUCCUUUCGGUCCUGCUGCUGCCAUUGCAGCUUCGUGGAAUAUGAAACAUGGUUGGGUAUUCCUUUUCAGCCUUUUGGGUAUAACACCUUUGGCAGAACGACUCGGGUUUCUGACAGAGCAGUUAACAUUUUAUACUGGUUCUACAGUUGGAGGGCUUUUGAAUGCCACUUUUGGAAAUGCCACUGAGAUGAUCAUUUCUAUAUAUGCACUAAAACAUGGGAUGAUUCGUGUUGUACAACAAUCAUUGCUCGGUUCCAUACUUUCAAAUAUGUUACUUGUGCUUGGUUGUGCCUUUUUUACUGGUGGCAUCGUUCACAAUAGAAAAGAUCAGACCUUUUGUAAGGGGGCUGCUGCUGUUAACUCAGGAUUAUUGUUGAUGGCUGUUAUGGGACUACUUUUCCCAGCAGUUCUCCACUCUACACACACAGAGCUCCAUGCUGGACGAUCAGAGUUAGCACUUUCAAGGUUUACCAGCUGCAUCAUGCUCAUUGCAUAUGCAGUCUAUCUAUUCUUCCAAUUGAAGAGUCAUCGAGAUCUGUAUGAAUGCUGUAAUGAGGGUGAUGAUGAAGGAGGUUCCGAGGAAAAAGAUUCUCCACAUCUAAAAUUUUGGGAAGCAAUAAUAUGGCUUGCUAUCCUGACUGCAUUUGUUUCUUUUCUUUCUGAUUAUCUUGUCAAUGCUAUUGAGGGGGCAUCCAAGAACUGGAAUAUGCCAGUUUCUUUUAUGAGUGUCAUAUUACUCCCAAUAGUUGGGAAUGCUGCUGAACAUGCAAGUGCAAUAAUGUUUGCUAUGAAAGAUAAACUGGACAUUACUUUAGGUGUUGCAAUUGGAUCUUCAACACAAAUAUCAAUGUUUGUGAUUCCUUUCUGUGUGGUGGUUGGCUGGAUCAUGGGAAGACCCAUGGAUUUGAACUUCCAUGUUUUUGAGACUGCAUCACUCUUUAUCACGGUUAUUGUGGUGGCAUUUAUGCUUCAGGAUGGCACAUCGAACUACUUCAAAGGGCUGAUGUUAAUAUUAUGCUAUCUGAUAGUUGCUGCAAGCUUCUUUGUGCACAUUGAUUCUAAAGGUGAUGAUGACUCAGGAGACGUUUAAAAUGGAUCUGGCACUUGAGGCCAUAGUGUACGUAAAGGCAUUCGAGUUUCAUAAGAUACUUUGGCUUACAAGAUUGCAAAGUUGCUACAGUUGGUGCUGAAGGAGGUUGAAGUAUAGAACUGUUAAGAAGUAGAUUGUAGAUUCUAUUGUAUAGGAUAAGAUGUAAUUGUUUUUGACCCUCAAUGAGGAAAAAAAUGAAUGGUUAUAAAGAUGGAAAAUCAGAGAUGUUUUGAUUUGUAAGUUUGUACUAGCAAUUUUUUUUCAUUAUUUAAGACAUUCUUAAUUGUUGGAA